AUGUUCAACGCGAGUAUUCGUGGACAUCUUCUAUUACCUAAACCAUCGGCAGCUGUAUGCAAUGGAAAAACAUAUGAUGCUCAAGCGUGCACUAUAGCCAAAAUGCAAUGGAUAAACUCAACGUGGCGUGGUGAUCAACUGGGUGCCAUGCAAAACCAUAACUUGGAAAAUAGUUCAUGUUCGGUUUCAACGAAUAAUACUGCAUGCAAUCAAGGUUCUGUACCUGUAUACGGUGUUCGUGCAACAUCACCUGAGCAUGUUCAAGAAACUGUUCGAUUCGCUGCUGCGAACAAUCUUCGUUUAGUUAUCAAAAGUACUGGACAUGAUUACGUAGGUCGAUCAACGGCCGCUGGAUCUCUACUUUUAUGGCUUCAUCAGAUGAAAACGAUGACGUUGAUUGCACGUUAUUCAUCUUGUAGUGGUGAAACUAUAACUAAUGCGGCUCGUAUUGAUGCAGGUGUUCAAUGGGGUGAAGCGUAUCGAUGGCUGAAUGAAUACAAAUUAACAGCUAUUGGUGGAGCAUCUGUCACUGUAGGCGUAGCUGGGGGCUAUUUGCAAGGUGGUGGCCACAGCCCAUUAUCUCGUUGGAAAGGCUUGGCUGCUGAUCAAGUACUUGAGUAUGAUGUUGUAACUGCAGAUGGAUAA